AUAUUGAUAGUGCCCGAUAUCAGCACUCUUUUUCAUAGCCGCAUAUUGAAAUGAUAACGUGCGUUAUCUGCUAAUGCGAUAUCUGUCAGUUAGGUUGGCCGGCUGGUCCUAUUUCGACGUAUUAAAUCAAAAUUGUGUCCAUGGGUAAUACGGGUUCUAAUGAGAACGCUAUUUCGGAGAAGGCCCUCGACGAGUACGUCGAGCUGACGUACUUAAGCAAGAGUGAAAUUCGUCAGAUUUAUAAGCUUCUCGACGAUUUGGAACCAGGUGUUCUUAAACAAAAUCUUCAUUAUCGUUUUUCUAUGGAGCAAAUCAACAAAAUUCUUCCGCAGAUUCGCUACAAUCCACUCCGUGACGCGAUAUAUCGCGUAUUCUCGUCGAAGCGGGACGGACGUUUGAGCUUCGAGGACACCCUCGACCUCUGCUCGGCAUUCUCCGCAAAUUGUCCGCGGGGCGUACGGGCUGCAAGGGCUUUUGAAAUUUUCGAUUUCGACGGCGACAAUCAAGUCUCUCUCGACGAUCUGAUCGAAACGGUGCGGAGGCUGGCCGGCACGGACGAGCAUGGACAGGCCCGAAUCGAUCGGCAAUGCGCGGAGGACGUAGCGCGAAUGAUAAUGCAAGAAAUGAACCUCUCUGGCACAGGCGACAUUACACCGCAAGAAUUUAUAUAUGUGCUCUCUAAAAUGCCAGACUUCGCACACACAUUCCAAUUUAAUAUUAUUUAAUUUAACAAAACUCUCGAGCAUAAACUCUCUGAAACUAAUUUUUUAGUACUAUUUUGUAAAGAAAAUUCUUAAUUAUAAACGGAAUUGAAGAAAAAUUUCUUUACAUGUCUAUGUUACGAUUAUCCUCCAGGAUUUUAUAAUCAGAUUUUAUUUUAGGUAUUGUAUUAUAUUAUAGUUUUGUUACAUUAUAUUUGUUAAUU